AUGGCGAGGGCAACGACACUGGUGCUCGUGGCCGCGCUCGCCGUCCUCCUCCUCCUCGCCUCAGGCCCCGCGGGCGCCACGGCCGCCCGAACCUCGCCCAAGGACGUGGCAACGGCAUCUCCCAACGAGAAGGUCGCGGCGGCGGCGGCGGAAGACCACGAGUGCGAGAUGAUGGCCGGCGAGAAGCAGCGGGAUGAGUGCAUGGCGAGAAGGACGCUCGCCGCGCACACGGACUACAUCUACACCCAGGAGAAGCACAACUAG